CGUUAUUAUUAUUAAAGAAACAGAUGAUUAUUUAUGCCAAUUUAAGUUGCAGAAAAUGACCAAAUUAAGCAUAGAAGGAUAACCAUUUUAAAGUUCAAAUGACAUGCUUAGUCACACGGCCGUAAUGGCCUUACAAGACGACGAGUGGCACGAUACAUUGGCGAAAUGAUUUGGUAGAAAAGUUUCGUCGAUUGCGAUGGCCUAGUUUCGUUGUUCGAAGAUCACUUUAAGAGGAAAUGCGUCGAAGUAUCGCUAUUCUGGUGUUUGUAUACCAUCUUUCUAUGUGCAACGGAUCCUGUAAACAUGGAAGAACUAUCCUUACAAACGAAACUGGCGUUAUCUCGGAUGGGGAAAACACAACCACCUACCCUAGUUAUGCAAGAUGCGAAUGGCUGAUUGAUGCUAAGCAUCCGAACAAGUCGAUUUACCUGGAAUUUGAGUUCCUAGACACAGAAUGCUCCUAUGACUUCUUGUUUGUGUUUGACGGGGACUCCUACCUGUCACCAACGCUGGCCAGUCUUAGUGGCCAGCAUAGACCUGGGCCCAUCGUUGCCAAAUCUGGAAAGAUGCUGGUGUACCUAUUCAGCGACAGGAACUAUGAACGAACUGGAUUUCGGGCCCGCUAUUCCAUGCAAGACUGUCCAUUCAAUUGCACUGGCCACGGCAACUGUAUUGGACACCAGUGCUACUGCUUUAUGGGCCGAACAGGGAAUUACUGCCAGCUCGAGGAAUGUCCUCAAAACUGUAGCAGUCAUGGUGCUUGUGUGAUGAAAGAUGACAAUUCCACGUAUAAGUGUCAGUGCGAGAAAGGGUAUGCAGGGUAUAUGUGCAAUAUUAGUUUGAACAAUUCAGAAGGGAGUGAGCUCUGGUACACCUUACUGCCUGAAGGCAUGGGACUUGAACCCCGUUCUGCCCAUGCUGGUGCUUUUGUGUCUCGGACAGAAUGCUUGUAUGUGUUUGGUGGGUUUUCGUUGAACAAAGUUUUAAGUGAUCUCAACUAUUACUGUAUAAACGAAACCACUUGGAAUUCUAUAAAUAGAUCUGAACCCUGGCCGAAAGGUCGUUAUGAGCAUGCGAUAGAACUGUUUGAGGAUGGGUUCUACAUGUUUGGGGGUAUGCUUGACGAUGAGAAUUACAGUGAUGAACUGUGGUUCUUUAAUGUUACGUCAGAGACAUGGACUCUGUGUGCCAAUGAGAGUGUAUUCAAACCAUUAAAGCUCUCUGGUCACACACUUACAAGGGUUGAAGACAAUUUGUAUGUGUUCGGGGGGAAAACCAAAGAUGGAUUAUUUUGGUCAAAUAUUUAUAAAAUCAAUGGACACAUUCCAACUGAAUGGCAGGAAGUAUUACCUCUGGCCGGCAAAUCAUCGGCUCGAAGGCUUGUAGGACAUUCAACUGUUUAUCACAAAGAAUCAAAAUCGCUACUUAUCUAUGGAGGUUAUUCUCACAAUGCGGAUGAGCCCCGUUAUGGGUCGCAUAAAGACGAACUGCAUAUGUUCCAUGUUGAGAACAAGAUCUGGUCGAAAAUCAAGACGAACGAAGCACUGGACAACGGUCCAGCUCCUAGUCAGCGGUCGUUUCAUUCGGCCAACAUCAUGGGCAACUAUAUGGUUGUGUUUGGAGGCAACACGCACAUACAUCACGAUGUGGAGAAAUGCUAUGAUUAUGAAAUAUAUCUUUAUCAUCUCGGAUGUCAUAUAUGGGUGAAAGCGGAAUUGCUUAUGGGAAAAUACAGUUCAGCACUUGAUGAUGGCAGGGUGAGUCACGUUGCAGCCGUUGCCUAUGGUAACACACUCCUUGUUGCUGGGGGGUACGCUGGAUACGUGAAGGGUGACGUCAUGGCAUUCAAGUUCCCGCCAUUGAUUGCUCCACCUAGUUCUGAGGUCAGUCUGGACCUAGAUUACUGCACCAACAUCACGCUGGCAGACAAAUGUCAGAGCAACCCGGACUGCCUACUGUGCACCAAGCAGGGCAGAUGCAUGCAUCGGACACACAUCACUGAGCAGCUUUGCGGCCCUUUGAAGGCAGGCGUGCCCUACAUGCAGUGUCCAGGGAUCUGCAGUCGGCUGUCCUCGUGUGUGUCUUGCCUUAGUCAAGGUCAGGGGGCAGCGCGGUCCCAGGACUCGCCGGAACAUUGGACCUACAUCCAGCCGUGCAACUGGUGUGUGAAGGAGGGCGAAUGUCAGCUCAGGUCUAAGCCAACUGGUAACUGUGCUGCUGCCACUAGCACGCCAUCCGGUUUAGUUGGCUGGUGGGGUGAUAAGAGCCUCUCCUUGAGCCAGAUUGCUCAGUGUCGACUGGAGGACAAACCAGCGGGACUGGUAGAGGUCAAGUGCAGAUCGGGAAAUGUCAAUUUUAACCAACCAGACGAGGUGUCCAUUUUGCGUCAGACUAAUACGUUUGAGAAAUACCGCCGGAUCUACACGAGGCCAUUGCUCAAGAGCUUCACACGCUGGCGUGGCUGGAUUCACCCUUUAAAUGCCACAGUGAAACACUUGAUUGAUCCCUCCCCCAAACAGUUCAUGUUGAAGUUGGCGGUCGAUAACAUCGCAGUGAAGGUGUGGCUUAAUAAAGAUGCUAUUGUUGGUCGUAAGGAAAGAAUUAUGAACAUCGGUAUAGGCGAUAACCCGCUCGAGUUGAAAUUAAGGGCAGAUAACUCUUUGUUGUUCCCCAACACGUCUCCAGGCACGCGCUACUUCCUGGAUCUUGAAGGGGAAUAUUUGUACCCUUCCAGUACCAACAGUCAACCAGCCAUCAAUGAGAAACUCUACAGCAUCGAACUGAAGUGGGACGGCUCGGCUACCAAUGGCAACAGUCUGUCAGUACUGCACGCGUUCAGCUUCGAAUUUCUGGAACCCUACAGCGUUGGAGACUGCGCAAACUUCACCAGCUGCCUGGCCUGCAUGACGGACACAGCAUGUGGCUGGUGUGACGUUGAAGCCCGAUGCAUGCCAAGGAACACAAGCAUGUCAGCCUGCGCCCAGGAGGGGCACCAGCUGAUGAUCACGGAGCCAUCUGUGUGUACAGUGUGCGAUGACCAUGUGGAGUGUCUGUCGUGUGCCAAGGACCCCCACUGUGAAUGGGUGAAAGACAAAGUGCACUGUAUUCGACGGGGUCGUGGGCUAGACACGGAAAUAGCAGCCAUUCCUGAGCAGUGUCCAGCUUCAUGUCAUGAACUGAGCAGCUGCAGUCAGUGCCUGAACGUCAGCGAGUGCGCGUGGUGUGAGAGCCUGCGCUCCUGUCUGCCAUUCUACGACUACGUGAUCCGGCACCGACAUGGCCAGUGCACGGAGUGGGUGGACAGCGAGAUAACGCGCAACGACAACACGUACUCCUGUCGAAACUGCUCCAUUCUCAAGAGUUGCGAAUCGUGCAUGAAAUCGUUCAACUGCGGCUGGUGUGGCAAUCGAGCCAACCCGAAGAAGGGUGUGUGCUUUGAGGGAGAUUUUGCAGGUCCGUUUGGUAACGUGACAUGCUCAGCGAUUGUGAACAGCCAACCAAGUGGAAGCUUUGCCACUGAUGUAGAGGCAGAUUGGUCAUACGGGAAAUGUCCAGACGUCAACGAAUGUGCCCUCGGUCUCGCAAAAUGCCAUGAGAAUGCGUCUUGUGUCGAUACCCCCGAUAGUUACCUUUGUAAUUGUAACAGGGGCUAUGAGGGGGAUGGAAUCAUGUGCAGCAAAACGUGCUACUACAAGUGCGCGCACGGGGAGUGCCUCUAUGACAUGGGGAAUUACUACUGCGAUUGCAACCUGGGCUGGACUGGGAAAGACUGCAACGACGACUGCAAAUGCAACGGGCAUAGCAUGUGUGAGGCUGGGGUUGGCAUUUGCGACCUUUGCUUGAAUAAGACCACCGGGCCGUACUGCAAUCAGUGCCUUGUUGGUCAUUAUGGAGAUCCUACUAAGUCUUAUGGGUGCUACCAGUGCCAGUGUAACGGCCAUGGCAACGAGACUCUGGGUCAGUGUAACAACAUCACGGGCGAGUGCUACUGCACCCACCACACCAUGGAGUACAACUGUGAGAGGUGUGAGAAGGGUUACUAUGGCGACCCCAGGGAUGGUGGGACAUGCUACCGUGAGUGUGACCACGGUCUGAUAAUGGACAACCUACAGGACGGCGCGCUGGGCUCUCACAGGGGACUUGGCGUGAGCACCUGGCAUGCGUACUGCCUCUGGAUCCUCAUGUCACAAAACCGGUUCACCCGGCCCUCAACCCCAUGGGCUGCGCGGACCCUGCUUGUACCUAGCAUCACGCUGCGGGUCGAGGGGCUGGAUGUGGAGUGUGAAAGGGACCAUGUGUACGUGUAUGACGGUAUCCCAGCAUUCAUAGACAGCGCAGGAAGUGGCUUGUUGCUAGGCGCGUUCUGUGGGUCCUCGGCAACUGACCUUGAGAACGUCACGGCAAAGUCUGGCAUCAUGACCGUGUACUUUGAUGCUGACAUCAGUGGCGAAUAUUCAUCAACAAAAGGCUUCAAUGCCAGCUACAUUGUGAAUCGUUGCCCGUCGUCGUGUGACAUCGCUAGCAACCAGCAGUGUCUCCAUGGCAUCUGCGUUUGUGCUGAUGGUUACGAGGGGUUCCCGGAUUGUAAAAUACAGACCUGCGCAAGGGGCUACACCUACGAUAAGACCUUGAAUGCCUGUCAGAGUGACCACCCUAUUGGCUCAGUGUCCUACCACAUCACCCGGUAUUCUGUGGGCCCACCCGAGGGCAGCGUCCCGUUUGAUGUGCGCGGUACGGGAGCUGGGCCAGUCCCUCGGUACGGGCAUACGCUCAUUGACUGUACCACAAGCGUGUUCCUGUUUGGUGGGAGGUCACUCAAGUAUGGCCUCCUCAACGACAUCUGGGAGUUUGACUUUCGAGUCGGGACUUGGACUGAAAUAAAGCCUGUUUCUAGCGAACCUCCGAGUCCUAGGUACUUCCAUGCAGCGUCCUGUAUUCCGAGUAAGAAGAUCUUCUUCAUCUUUGGUGGUCUGGUGGCCGCGUCCCAUGAGAGGCAUGAGACCAGCAAGGAGAUGUGGAAAUUCGCCAUUGAUGCCCGGAAGUGGACCGGCCCUAUCCAGCCAAUUUGGGUGAGCCCAGUGGCAGGUCACACUAUGACCAUGGCCAAUGAGAGCAAGCUGGUCAUAAUAGGGGGAUUCUCCAGUGAGGACUACUUUAACGACGUGGUGUAUGUCUACGACACCUACCCGUACCCCACUGUCUGGGAGAGGCAUGGCACUGAUAACGUCACUGGGGCAAAGCCAACUGGUAUAUACGGUCACAGUGCAGUGUAUGACUCAACCUCGAAGACGGUCUACGUAUACGGAGGUCAUGUGUUCAGAGAUGAGCGCUUUGCAGUGUCAAAGUAUCUCUUCACAUACGACAUAGAGACAAACUCCUGGAGUAUCUUGCAGCCAGAUCUUGGCGACUUAACAUUUGCACUGGAUGGGGCACUGUACAGGUACUUCCACAUGGCCCAAGGUUUCAAGGAUUACAUGGUUGUUGUCGGGGGUUACGACCAACACCAUGAACCCCAGAACUCACUAUUUGUUUACAACUACCGCUGCAAUUACUGGCAUCAGAUUCCAUUGGCUGAUGAGGAAGGUAUGCACAUUUCUUCACUAGUUUCCGCCAGUUCAGUCAUCUACAACAACUCUUUGUACAUAUUUGGAGGCAUCGGAACCAACAUUGAAGGCAACAUGUACAGGCUGAAAAUACCUGAAGACAUUUGCGGGAUGUACAGUGCAGCUAACUUAUCCAUUCCGGCUUGCCUAAACGUGGUGGGCUGUAGUGCAGCCAUUCUGAGAAUUCGUGACGUGGAAAGAACCGUCUGUUUUUCAACUGAUAAGGUCCCUCCGAUUGCCAGGGAGGGUCCGUAUGUCUCCAUGCACAAGGGGGCAGCCUCAGUGUGUGAUGAAAAUCACCACAAGGACCGGGAUUGUGAACGAAUCAUGAACUGUUCCGAGUGCGUGGCAACAUAUCCAUAUUUUAAGAACGCACCGAAGACCUGUAAAUGGUGCAGUAACUGCCUGAUCGGGCGAUGCAUCAAGCGCGGGUCCACCUGCAGCAACAACCACGGCUGCGACGUGUUCCAGAUCAAGGGAGGAGUCCCUCAGGUGUCCCCUUCUCAGCCUGGCUGCCCAGUGAAAUCAUGUUUGGCCUCCACCUGCAAACGCUGCCUUGAGAAAGACUGCCUAUGGACCAAGGGGAUUACCAGACAAACAAUAGGACCAUUGUUCCCAUCUCAAGGCUGGACUUGCUUGCCCCAGAUGUACCAAUCGUUCAGGAACGGCAGCGUUGCCACGGUGAUCAGCAAGCCUGGUGACUGCCCCGCCCCCUGCCAGGACCACAAGUUGUGUGAGACGUGUCUCGGGUCAAAGGGGUCGGAGGGCGGCUCACUUGAGUGUUACUGGAGUGUAACCCUUGCAGAGUGCAUACCCCCGGCCUACACGUCCCUGCACUGCCUGGGUGGGGUGUGUGGGACACUCCUCCAGGGGGAGCCAGGCAGAUGCCCCGCCCCCUGCUCAACGUACACCAAGUGUGCGGACUGUAGACGGGCCCCAGGCUGCGGCUGGUGCGCGCACGGGGGCGAGAACGGGGUUGGGGUCUGUUCACCGGGGACACUCAGCGGGCCGGAACACUCGGAAAUGUGUGCGAAGAAGAACAGCGUGUUUACUGACAAGGACUCCUAUGCCCGUGACCCCCAUUGGUCGUACGGUACAUGCCCGCCGGAGGAUGAGUGUCGUAACGGUCACCACGCAUGCGAUCUUGAGACAGAGGACUGCAGUGACCUGUCUGACGGGUUCCUGUGCACCUGUAAAAAGGCUACAUCCGAGGCGAGGACGAGGGCAGGAGCAUCUGUAACCCCGGUUUGCCACCAGGCCUGCGUGCAUGGGACAUGCGUGAAACCAGACACAUGCGACUGCCAUUUUGGAUACAUCGGCAAGAACUGCUCCACCAAGUGCGAGUGUAACGGGCACAGCACGUGCCGUAGUGAGGAAGAGAAGAAUAUCUGCCUUAACUGGUUGCAAUGCCAGGAGUGCAAGCCCCUGUACGUGGGGGACCCUAAAGAUGGCGGCCACUGCACUUCCUGUACAGAGUUCUGUAAUGAGCAUUCAGAUGUGUGCAUUCGUUUCAACCACUACGCCAAGAGCGCCCAGAUAAUGGGUCUUCUUGAAAGAUUCAAGGACGUGAAGUCACCAGGUUUCAUGAGCGAGUUCAUGAGGCUCCAGUCAUCAGGCCCCAGGCUGAAGAACGAGACUAUUUGCCUGAAUUGCCAGCACCACACUAAGGAUGAUCGCUGUGAGACCUGCCUGCCCGGGUACUUCAGACGUCCGGGUAUGAACCCGAGGAGCCUUGCAUGA